AAGAAGAAAGCGGCUGUGACCAGCGAGAAAUUUGAAACCCUCGACCGGGCUCCGGCGGCCGGCGGCCGACGACCAUCCCGGCUCCGAUCCGCUGCCUCCCACCAGCCAAGAGCUCAGAAGACUCGGAAGUAGGAGAGCGACGAUGGAAGAAGGCGAUGAGAGCGCGCCAAGAGCGGGGGCGGAGGCGGAGGCGGCGCUGGGGCUGAGCCCGCAGCUCUUCGUCGACGAGGUUCUCGACAGAAUCGCCGACAUCAGCGCCGAGGCCUUCGAGUACUGCCUCCAUGAAGCGGCCGCACCAGGGGUCCUCGGCGCCGCCACAGCGGCCCAGAAAGCCGCGGAGCUCCAGCGGGGAUUAAAUGGCAUUCGCCAUGUUGUAAAGAAUGCACUGGAUAAGAGAAUGACCAACUGGGAGAAAUACUGCUUCGAACAUUGCUUCAAUAUACCUGAAGGUUUUAUGGUGCCUGAAGAUGAUAAUUCAUGUGCAAAAGAUUCACACAAAGAUGGGACUAAUUCAUAUUUGGAUGUCGAACUUGACUCCAUAAGGAGAAAGCUCGAAAGUGCUAACAAGGAAUCUGAAAAUCUUCAAAGAGAGAUGUCUUCAUUAGAAAAUCAAACUACGUACAAAAGAAAACUUGAUUCUGCUAUUGCUGAGAUACAAAAGUUGUUUGAUGACAAAUUUGUGCAGGAAAAUUUUGAAGAUCUUGCAAAGGCGAUACCAGUAUUGCAGCAGAAAAUAAUAGGUAUGAAAAAGAAAAGAACCGAGACUGGGAACUUGAUAGAUCAACAGGUUUGGAACACGAAUGGUCUGAGAGACAGUAAGCGUCAAGCAUUGGGUAACGGUUUUACUGCAUGCACCGAAGACAUUCAAGGGAUUGUCAAUAUCUUACAGAACAAGUAGCUUAAGGUGUUGUGCAGCCUAUGCCAUAUCAGGAUGUCAACUAUUGGUUGCAUUUGCAUUACAGUAUCAGCUACGCUUUAACUUUGUCUAGCCAUCUUCUUGCUAGCUGCCUGUUUGUGACACUGAACUGCGUUAUGGUGAUGGGAGACUUCCUGUAUAAGCUAGGGCUGCUAUGUUGUGUAGAUAUGGUGUAUUGGGUAUUUUAGGUAAUGCAUCAGUGAGACUUCUUGGAUCAUUGUGUUUUUUUGAAGUAAUUCUUGGAUCAUUGUGUUGAUCAUGAAAGUUUCUCUUUUUUUGGGCUUAA